AUGGGCUCCGAUAACUCCCAAACUGCUGUCGCAUCUGUGACAGGGGCCGAUGGCCCCUCGUCCACCCAACUGAUGCAUACCCCAGACAGUACCGAUUCCUCCGUCCGUUACGCUGCCUACGCCAGCCGUCUCCGGACCAUCGCGCUUGCGUCCCAUAGAUACGUUGCGUACACUUCAGACAUCGGGGAAUCGUUCCGCCCUGUGUUUUCACCAUUGCUGGUGAGAUUUGGAUACGGUAUCUCGUGGGCCUACAUCCUGGGAGACGUUUCCUACACGGCGUGGGUGGCCAAAUUGCAACAGGAGGGGCGGUACCGUCCGGGAUUGAGGCCUUGGGACUCACUGCCACCCGUUGAUCCCACCGAGGUGGCGCAAGCCAAGGCAGUGCAGAUGCCCGAUUGGAAAAUGGUGAGUCUCGAAAGAAUGAUUUUCCAAAGUGUUGCUUCCAUGGGGCUGCCAGCGUUCACCAUCCACAGCGCGGUGAAGUACUCGGGCAAUUGGUUCAACAAGCAGUUUCCCAAGAACGCGGUGCUGAGAACCUGGGGGCCCAUCGGGCUCGGGCUCAGUGUGGUGCCCGCGUUGCCAUACCUUUUCGAUAAACCCAUCGAGCACUUGUUGGACCAGGUCUUUCAAAACCAUCCCAAACACGAGUAG